AAAACGAAAACCAAAACAACAAAAUUCUACUAUAUAAAUCCUUGCUUUUACAUAUCUACCUAUGUUCCAAACUUCCAAUUUAAUAACAGUCUUCAGGAUAAGCAUAAAUGGUAGAUUUAAAUAAAGAUGUCCAGAGAUGAAAGCUUGAGAAACCUUUUUGAAAAUUAUGAAAAUAUUGAAAAGGUUUGGUUGAAGGAAUUUUGUAUUUAUGUAAAAUCAUUGAAAAUUGAAGAUGAUUGUCCGUAUCUAACACCUGAAUUUAUACUGGAGAAAUUACAAAAAGAACAAAAUGUUUUGGGUUUACCAGUUCUGUCUCUGUCAAACCUGUUGAAGUUACCUCCCUUGUGUGCUGAUAAAAAACAAACAGGAAAUUCUUUGUCUGAAUUUAAAAAGAGGUCAUUAAUAAUUUGUAAACUUGUGUCAUCAAGAUUUCCUGUUGGUAGCCUCUGUAUCAUGGACAAGGAGCAAAAUGCAGUUUUAUGCAGUGUGACUGAGCAACAUGGAGAAUCUAUAUCCAGUAUUAACGAGUGGUGUGCUCUAAUGUCAUGGAAUAAUGUAAUUGGGUCAUAUUCAGGUGAAAAAAAUGUGGAAGUUACUGGUCAAAUUAUACCAUUACAGAAAGCAAAUGAUGAGACGUGUACAGCUUUAAUGUCGGCUGAUGCUAAGUUUGUGUUGGAAAACAAGGAAAUAUCAAAGAAAUCAGAAGUUAUAAAUAUCUGUGGACAAAUAAUAGCUGUUAAUGAAAUUUUCCGUGUUAAAAAAGACACUUUGUUUUGUGUGAGACUGGAAUCUGAUGUGAACAUACUCAUAAAGAAAAAGGAGUUUUUGCCCUGGCAAAUAUUUCUAUUACCAAAGAAAGAGUAUUUGUUUACAAACAUGAAACCAACAACAUUACAACAGGGUGCUGGCCAUCCUGUGAGAUUAUUUGUUCCAUGUAAAAAUAGUAUUGUCUAUUGCUGUACACCAGAAAGAAGCAAUAUAUUGUCAUUGGAGGACUGGAUGUCAAAAGCAGGCAUAACAGAAGUAUCUGUAGAUUAUAAAGACUACAGAGCAACAGAUGAAAUAGUAAAAAAUAAUCACAUUUCUUAUCAAGGUGUAAUCACAAGUGAUGAAUAUGCUUACCUAGGUGUAUUUGAACUUGAUCAGAAGGUCAGGUUAUAUCUGUCCUACAUUCCUGUGACUUAUGUCAGCCUGAGACUUGGAACUAAGAUCAUGGUUUACAAUGCACAUCUACAAAAAUCUGAGAAGGAUGACAAAAUAAGAAUAGUUGGUUGUUUGUCUAGCUGUAUCAAGAUUCUAGAGUUUUCUAGUACAAACCUUUCAGCAGAGAAUUUAAGGAUUCCUAAAUCUGUUCAAAUUAAUUUGUGGAAACAAAAAUAUAGCUUGAAUGGUUUGACUUUUGUGAUGGAUGUAAUGCUUCAUUUGAGACAGAAAUUUACAAACUAUACAAUUGAAAGAUUCGGAGAAAUACUACCUGUUAUAACAGACCUGUGUUCAGUAAAUACUACUUUGACCAGAAAUCAUUUGCAAGAAGUUCUUACUACUACAUGUUGUUUCCUUUCAGAUAAAACAGAGUAUAAACAUACUUUUCCACAAGUGAUUGAGAUUGACAUACCUGAUGCAGAAGACAAAAUGAAUGAUAUAGCAGUAGCAAAGCAUGAUGGGAAUAAAGGCUGGAACCGUACCCUUUAUUGGAAUUAUGUCAUACAACAAGGAGCUGGACACCAGAUAAUAGUUGGAGAAAUUCAUAUAAGUUCCAGAUCCAGUAAAAUUCAGCUUAGAGAUCAAACUGGAGUCAUAGAGUGUGUUGUUAUGGAAACACAAAAAGACCAUGAACAAUACCAUGAAUGUACAGCUCAAUGUUGCAUGUGCUAUCAAACACCAAGGUCAAGGUUUACAUGUCCACAUCUCCAUCCACAUCACAGUGGAUGCCUUGUUGCCAUAACAAAAUUCACUGUUGUCAAGGAGAGAUUUCUUCUGGGAAAUUUCACAGAUAUAAGAACUAAGGAUAAUAUUGUGACAAGCAAAACUAAGGAAUUAAUUAUAAAGUACUUGGUUUUCAGUUUAUUAGAUGUUAUAUUGAUACAAAAGCCUAAAUAUACAAUCAGCUGUCAGCAUUCCUCACUACAAAAUUCUUCCAAAGACAAAGAAAAUCAUAAAAUGGAUGUAUCAGAUAAUCACAGAUUGUAUGUUAAUCAAAAGGAAUCCUUGAAUAUGAAUGACAAUAACAAAAACAAAGUUGAAUUAUCAUUCAUAGCUCAUAUAUGUGAUCAUUUACAUCAAAGAAAAGACAUGUACGAAGAGAAAUGUUUGACAUCACAAACUCUGAUUGACAUUGAGAAAGAUGUCAAUGCUGAAGAAAAACAACAAUCUUGUUCAAAAUGUCAGCUAGUAUUAUUUGAGAACUCCAAUGUGAAAUAUUUUAAUGUCAUACAAAGCGGAUGUUUGUAUAGGUUUGUUGGUUUUGAUGGUGUCAUUAAAGAAAGGAGGAAGUUACCGUGGCAACUAAAGCAGUCUGCAAAGAAAGCUGGUGACAACCUGUGUUAUGUGUUGCCAGAUAAUUUUAUAGUUGAAAGAGAAUUUCAUGAACAGAAAAGUGAUGCAGCAAAACAGUUAGAAGGAAGGGUUGACAGUAUAGAACAUAUCCUUACUCGCAGCUAUUGUAGACAUUAUGUUAGUAUAUUAGGCACAAUUGUGAGAAGAGUUCAUCAUGAACCUGAUGAUAUUGGUAUAGUUCUUAAAAGACUGAAAUUUAACAGACAUCUUAUGCCAGAUAAUGGUAUAUCAACUCUUGAUAACUGGCAAAUACAGCUGCAAAUAAAAUGUAUGAAAUCAGAAAGAGAAAUAUCUGUGUAUCUUAAACUUGACAACGUAACCUAUCCACUAGGACUGGUUCCUGGCACUGUUGUGUACAUGGAGCAAAUAGAGAGAAGAGUAUCAAGGAAGGGUGUGGUUUAUUGUCAGUUCAGUAUUGUAUCAUCAAUCACUGCACUGCAUCAGAAUUGGUCUGAAUUGAUAACAAGAAAAGAAGAAAACCCAGAAGAAUGCGAUGACAGUCAACUUCCUACUGAACAGUACAAGUUAGGAUUUUUAGCAGAUGUUUGGGAAGAUAAUUCAAUACAGCAGUUCUCAUGUGUCUGUUUUGUUCAAAAGGUUGUCAAGAUAUCAUUGAAAUGUAGCUGUCAGAUGUGUGGUAGUGUGAUUGUAGAUCGAUGCACCAAUAACUUAUGUCACUGUGAGGAGUAUACAUUUGUUUCUAGAAUGAGUUUGAUAAUAGAUGAUGGAACCAGUGUUGCUAUGGUUACUUGUUCUGAUAAAAAAGUUCAGACAUUACUGUUACUGUCAGAAGAUCAAUGGGAAGCCUUGAAACUUUCAGUGAAGCAACAUGGUGAAGUGUUUUUACAACAGAGUUUUCCAGAUUUUGGGUCUACCUUAGAGAAGUUUGUAUAUGUGUUAUGUGAGAACUCAGUGAUCAAAAGGACCGUACACAUGUGUUUAACAUGCAAACCUAUAAGCUGUAAUGGAAAGGAACCAUAUCUACAUCCCUGUGAUCUGCUGAAUAGCAUGGGUUUAGAAGAUUUCACAGAGAAAACAAUAGAUACAGGAAUAUCUACUAUAAAGACAAGAUGUUUACCUUUCAUCCAGUUAAACUGCCAAAAAGUUACAGAAAUGGACUAUCUUAAACAUACAUUGUCAUCUUUUGUAGAUCUGUAAAUGUAUUAAAGUUAUUUUAAUCUA